GAAAAAUAUUAAAGACGGUGUGGUGCCACUGUAACUGUACAUAAACCAAAACCAAAUCUUCAUUGUCUUUUUGUAAACCACGCGCCAAAACACCCAAAUUCCUAAUUGACCAAAAUCGAACACACAAUCAUGGCUACUAGAAUCCUCGCACGCCAGGCCCUCCGCGCAUCGCGCCCAAUCACCUUCACAACACCUCGUCGUUUCCUCAACACCGAAACAGCACCCAGCAUAUACGCCGCACACGCAACCGUCGUCGGCGCCCGAACCGGCCACGUAGACGGCGAGAACCUAAAAAUCGACCUAACCAUGGCGAAAGCGCUGGGCGGCCCCGGCGACGAAGGGAAAACCAACCCCGAGGAGCUCUUCGCCGCGGGCUACGGCGCGUGUUUCCAAUCCGCCAUGAACGCCGUUGCGCCGACGCUGGGGGUCAAGAUGCCGACUAAGACUGAGGAUAGUGUGGUCGAGAGCACGGUGCAUCUUGUGGGUAGUAUGAAGGAUUUGGAUAUGGGACUUAGGGUGGAAUUGAAGGUUAGGGUUAGGGGGAUUGAGCAGGGGAAGUUGGAGGAGUUGGUGGAGAAGACGAAGGGGGUUUGUCCGUAUUCGAGGGCGACGCAGGGGAAUGUGCAUACGACGGUUAGUGUGGAGAGUAUGUAG